AUGUUAUCAUUAGGGGAUAUGUUAAAAGAUGGUACCAAGCAUUUUGCAGGUAAAGAUGAAGCCAUUUUAAGAAACAUUGAAGCAUGCAAACAACUAUCAGAGAUUACAAAGACAAGUUUGGGUCCAAAUGGUAUGAACAAGAUGAUCAUUAACCACUUGGAGAAGCUUUUUGUGACCAAUGAUGCUGCCACAAUCAUCAAGGAGCUCGAUGUCAUCCAUCCCGCCGCCAAGAUGAUGGUGAUGGCUGCUCAAUUGCAAGAACGUGAAAUGGGUGAUGGCACCAACACUGUCGUUUCAUUGGCCGGUGAAUUGUUGCACAAGUCUGCCACAUUGCUCGAGAUGGGUUUGCAUCCAAGCGAGAUUGUCGCUGGUUAUGAACGUGCUGGUGAAAAGGCACAACAACUUUUGGAAUCAUUGGUCAUAUAUCGUCUCGGCGACAUUCGUAAUAUAGAGGAAGUCAAGAAAUGUCUCAAGGCUUCAUUGGCCAGCAAGCAAUACGGUUACGAAAACCUCUUGUCUGAUUUGAUCGCCAAGGCUUGUGUCCAAGUCUGUCCAAAGAACCCUUCCAACUUUAACGUCGACAAUAUCAGAGUCACCAAGGUUCCAGGUGGAGGUGUCGGUGACACUACCGUCAUCAAGGGUUUCGUCGUCAUUGGUGACACCGACGGUACCCUCAAGCGUGUUGAAAAGGCAAAGGUUGCCGUAUUUGCCUCUGGUAUCGAUGUUGGUAAAACUGAAACCUCUGGUAAAGUUCUCAUUACCAAUGAACAAGAAUUCCUUAGUUUUUCAAAAGGUGAAGAAGAUUCAAUUAAAAAGACAAUUGAAGAUAUUGCACAAUCAGGAGUAAAAGUUAUUAUUUCAGGAUCAACUGUAUCAGAAAUGGCAUUACAUUAUAUUGAAAGACAUGGAAUCAUGUUGAUUAGAAUGCAAAGCAAAUUCCAAUUGAGACGUGUAUGCAAGACUGUUGGAGCAACACCAUUGGUUAAAUUGGGAGCUCCCAUCCCAGAGGAAUUGGGUUACUGUGAUGAGAUUGCAGUUGAAGAGAUUGGUAGCAGCAAGUGUAUCAUCUUCCGUCAAAACAAGGAAGAGUCUGAAAUCUCGACAUUGGUAGUCCGUGGAUCGACAAAUAACAUUCUCGACGAUAUUGAACGUGCCAUUGACGACGGUGUCAAUGUCUACAAGGGUAUGUGCAAGGACGGUCGUUUCCUCGGUGGUGCUGGUGCAUUCGAAUUGGAAAUGUCUCGUCAACUCCAACAAUUUGCAGACUCUACCCCAGGUCUUGCUCAAUACGCAAUCCGUGCCUACGCCGAAGCCUUUGAAGUCAUCCCACGUGCCCUCUCUGAAACUAGCGGUCACAAUGCCACUCGUACCAUCGCUUCCAUCUAUGCUGCUCACACCAAGGGUUCCACCGACGCUGGUUUGGAUAUCGAAACUGGUCUCCCACGUUCUGCCCUCGAAAUGUCCAUCCUCGAUCUCUUUGUCUCCAAACAAUACGCUCUCAAACUUGCAACAAACACUGCCUGUACCGUUCUCAGAGUUGAUCAAAUCAUCAUGUCUAAACCUGCUGGAGGUCCAAAACCACCUCAACAAGGUCCUCUUGAUCAAGAUGAUUAA